UUGCGGAACUAACCUACCAGUGCAACAACCUCAUAUUAUCAUUAAAGUCCUAAUCCCAAUCCUUUGUAAGAGUUUAUAAUCCCUUAACUAAUUUAUUCUGCAUCCUUCCAUUAUAUAUAUAGUUGUGUACUUUUGACUCUCUCUCUUAAACCAAUAAUUGCAAUCAUGGGUAGAGGAGUAACUUGCGACGAGGCUGCGGCUGGCGGAGGCGGUGGUGACGGCAGCUUGUACACAGAGGUUUCUUCUUCGACUGUUGUGUUCGAAGAUAUGAGUGAUUUUCGAAAAUCCAGCAAGUCUUACAGGGAUCAUGAUGUGGGAGAUGUGUUCUUUGGGACGGAUGAUAUAGCAGACACGAGAGAUCUCCUUUACAAGGAAGAUGUUCUGGAGUCUUACAGAAGGGAUGAAGCUUUGAAGUCGUCCAAGAAAAGGCAGAAGAAGAGAUGUUCCUUAAUUGCACAGUGUUUUCAAUUUCUGAACUUAAUGUUCUGCAUUAGAUGAAUCUACCUUGUAAGUUUGGUAGAGUUAGCAGAAGCUGUAGUAUUCUUAUUGAAUUUUCAGUUGGAUGAUCUUGAAUAAAUGGAAAAAAAAAAAAAAAAACUGGCAACAAAUUGUCUUCUAGCCAGAUAUUACAGAUCA